AUGUCCACGAAAAACGUGAGAAGGGUGUCUCGACGAAGGAGAGGAAAGCAUCAAUAUCGUACGCGUGAGGAGGACGCGGACACUACGAAUCUGCACGAGCCCAACAAGCCUAAGUCAGAGCCCAAAGAGCCGAAUUCAGAGCCCAAAGCUCCGUCAGGAGUUCAUCAUCAUCAAGGGCCUCCCGCACCGAGCAGCGGAAGCGCCAGCAGUGCUGCACCAUCAGCUGCGGCCGUGGCACGGUCCAGUGCGCCACACUCGCCGACACGGAAGAACCGUUUGUGGGAGCUGAUGGCCCGUGGCCGCGAGGACCGUUCCGCUGGGCUGCCCUGCUUGCAGGGUGGCUCUGCCUGGGCGUGCCUGGUGGGCGAGGGCCCUGAGACUCGUGCCUCACCUGGUGGUGAGGAGGGCGAGGUUGCAAAUGGGAAAGAUCGAACUGACUGCGAGGCAAUGUCGGCCAUGUCAGAGUGUAGCACCGCGGACACGAUCCCUCCAUGGCCACCGUCCAAUCCAUCGGAUGUUAUUAUAGCUGAACGCAUUGCCGCAGUGCUGAUGGAACGGGGAAAAAGGUGA